GCAGGGGGAAAAAAGUGAUAGCAGCAAGCAGCUUCUGGGUUUUGCUUUUCCAAGAGCACUCCUGCUGAAUCGGAGUGAGCGUGUAUGUGUGUUGGUGUCUGCGUGCGGGGCGUUCACUCUUUCUCUCUGCCACAGUAGCAACACUUGCAGCAGCGUCAGUCCUGAACAAAAGGCUAAACGCAGCAGAGCCACAGGAGGGGAAACUCAGGGAGAGAAGCAGACAGAGUGGCCCAGCGUGACUGCACUUCUCAGGGAGGAACUCAACCUGCCAUUAACCCUCCUGGCUGUGAGGUGGAGACAAGACAGUUCAUUAGAAAGUGUCUGCUCAUCUUCCCCGCACCUGACCUCGUCCACCUGGGCGUCUCUCCUUCACAUCCACCUGCCGCGGAAGAUGUCUGACGAUGACUGCCGCUCGCCCAUCGGCCUGGACUGUUGCAGUUGCUGCCUGGACCUGGCCAAUGGCUGCGACGACUCCAUGUCCAGCAGUCUAGCUCAGGGUCUCGGCACUACAGGUGGCCUGCCAGGAAGCCCCACCAGUCCCAGUGUCAGUCACUUCCGCCAGCUCCGCAACCAGCUGGUGUAUCAGAACCUGAACACGGACAAGCUGAACAACAUCAUGAGGCAAGACUCCCUGGAGUCGGUGGUGAGGGACCCCUGCUUCCUUCUCAACGAGGGGAUCUGCAACAGCAACAUUGACCAGACCAUGCUGUCCAUUCUGCUCUUCUUUCACAGUGCCUCUGGUGCUAGCGUUGUGGCCAUUGAUAACAAGAUUGAACAGGCGAUGGAUCUGGUCAAAAACCACCUGAUGUACGCCGUGCGCGAGGAGGUGGAGAUCCUCAAAGAGCAGAUCAAAGAGCUGGCGGAGAAGAACAACCAGCUCGAGAGGGAGAACUGCCUGCUGAAGAACCUGGCGAGUCCGGAACAGAUGGAGAAGUUUCAGUCUCGCAUCCCGGCAGAUGCGCUGCUGCCCCUGGAUAAUCAGAGCGGCCAGGUGACCCUGGACCACCAGCAGCAGCUGUAUCAGCAGACCUGCAACUACAGCAGUGGCUCUGCUGUGUAAGUGGCUCUGCCUUGGGGCGGGCAGAGCCACUGUCUCCUUACAGUAAUGGACCUCCAUUCAAAUGAAAGUGUUACAAAUUCGCCUCUGAGAUCCCUUCGUAAUACCGAAGGUGAAGAGUCAGGGCUGUAAUUGAUCGAUGGGACACUAAAGAACUGAUGUCACUGAUGAAGCACAAAACAGAACUUAAGAUGCUUUGACUGGUGCGGUGUCAGGCCUGUCCUAUGAUUCCGUCCAACCCUGUGUCGUAGUCUCUCUUUGUUGACAAAAGCGCUAAGAAUAGAGGGACGAGUCACCGACGAGCGCUUGCUUUGAGACAGAGGGGGGAAUUCCCUGCCUAGCCAAAAACCCUUCCAACAGACACCCUUUGCACGAGAGAGAAGGGUGAGGAGGUGUUGAUUGGGCUGGCCCUGCAGGGGCUAACUUGGAGAGCAGAGGGAAGUUUGCUCACUGGCUCCACCAGAGGAGACCCAUCUGAGGUGGUCCCCGAAGUCUCAACGAUAAGAGCCCCGUUACGCAGAUUCAUCUUGUCUCCAGAUACACGUCUCACGAUAUUCUACCACAUAACAAGAACUGUUUCCUGUACUUACAAUGUAUUACUCGCGCGUUCACAUACAUUUGUUUAUGCCUAACAAAAAAACAUAAUCAUCCGAAUACGCUAAGGCAAGAAAGGUGUAGGUUAAUGAGCUGGUGCACACUGCAGUAGACUGCGCUGUAUGCUGUAACGAGUCGGAAAAUGUAAUCAUGUUAUGUCUGCAGUUGGGGCUCAUUGCUUAUGGGGGAAAUUAAUCCUGCUAUAGCUUCUGUUUUUUGUUUAUGAUUCUAAACAAAAACCACUGUAAAAUAGGAGAUUGGUUGUUAGUUCUUUCCGGAGGCCAGGCAUAUAUGGCCGCCGUGUUUGCCUAGCUUUUUACAGUAAAGUAAAAACUACAAUGUAUGAAAGCAUUCUGAGGUAAAUGUCGUGGAGAUGGCGAGAACGCAGACCCUUGCGUUUCUUGCGGCCGAUGCACUCCGGACUUUUUUAGUAGCGUCGUCCAGUAUCUGUUCAGUCCGUUGCUCCCAAGCCAACUUGAAAACAGGCGUCGCAAUCGUGCCUGUCCCCAGUGAGCGAGGCACACGAGUCCACACUGAACUUUGUUGUUUUCUUGCUACCAAAGACUUGUUUUGUUUCUGUUCGACAACAACAGAGGCCGAGAAAACCGGGACCAUGUGUGAAACUUCACAGGGAGAACUGAACUUUCUAUGUGUUUUGUAAAGAUAACGGUGUUGUUGCUGUACAGUAUCCUUGAAACGGUUGCUCACUAUGGAUCUUUGGAUACAACUGCGCAUUUGCAAUAAACCUUAUGUUUACAUCAUA